CCCUGUACACCAAACGUGUACAAAUGUACAGCACGUGUCUCGCCCUGUACAUCCUCUCCACCCUCGUCACGUGGGCGCGGUCAAACACGCCCUCCUUCUUCGUCGACGAGAGCCGACGGCAAUCGAUCCCCGUCGGCCGUUCCCAGUAUCGGCAACGGGAGGAGCUCCAGCAAGAACUCUUGCACAUGUUGGGGUUAGAGGACAGCAAGCCUAAAAUCAAAGCCAACGACAAAACGAUCAAGUCUGUCUCUGAUUUCAUGUUGGAUCUCUACGCGAAAAAUGCUGAGCCCGCGCGACUUAGAAACGCGGACCAACCCGUGUUUGAAUCGGAUAUGAUUAAAAGUUUCGCCAACUCGCCGAGAAAAGGCAGGCAUUUACGUCAUCAAAAAGAGCGUACUUUUUUCUUCGAUAUUCAAAUUUCAACGGGGGAGUACAUCAAAGCGGCGGAGUUUCGGAUCUACAAAGAAAUCUCGCGGGAAUUGACGAACGGGACGUUUACGUUGAAUUUGUACUCUCUAACCUUAGGCGAAGGCAGCGAAGGGAUAAAGGAGCUACAAGCUUCAUUGAGAGUAGAUUGGAAUACGGAAGGAUGGAUUGUGAUGAAGGCGACUGAGUGUGCUCAGUUGUGGUCACAUUUUCCGCACUCAAAUAUGGGACUUUACGUUGAGUUAUCGAAACAGGAAGGUCUAAACUAUACUUUAAAGGACAUAGGUGUCAUCGAUAGUAAAGGACCUUCGGAAAAACAGGCGUUUUUGGUGGCUUACAUGGGGGUGUGGCAGGAAAGAAGAUCAAGGAAGAAACGACAGGUCACGCUGACUCAAAGUACAACGACACCAACACCGUACAUCGACAGCAACGGAUUUUCCGAGUUCACGCAGUAUAAAUGUCAGAGAAAACAAUUUUAUUUAGACUUCCGAAGCAUUGGGUUGGACAGUAAGUUGAUUAUCGCCCCUGAGGGGUACUUCUCGAACUUCUGCGCAGGAGAGUGCGCGUAUCCCAUGAGCGCGCAGCUCAACGCCACCAACCACGCCAUUGUUCAGACACUGGUGCACAUGCUGAAACCGGAACUGGUGCCGCGGCCAUGUUGCGCCCCGACGCAGUACGACAGCAUCACCAUGUUGUACUACGACGGGAUGAGCGUGGUGAUGAGGAAGGUGAAAAACAUGAUCGUGCGGUCUUGCGGCUGUCAGUGAAAGACGAACGGGCAACGCACCUGAGAUAUUUAAUGGCGUAUGCUCUAAACGAGAGAAAAAAAAGGGCAUAUUGAUCAAACAAGCACACCUGGUUCAAAACAAAAAUGUGCAGAUAAACCAAGC